GUGACUUCAGGGCCAUUUAACCAGUUGUAUACUGGUAUAAUGUUUCUGAGUUGUCAUCGGUGAGUCCGGCCUCAUCCCGCUCAGUGUGACACACACUGUUCUGGUUGUUGUUUCUGUCCCACAAGGAGUUCCUACUGUUCAUCAUGGGCCACAAAACCAGAACAUGGGAGGUGAUUCAUGAUGACUGUCAGUAAUUGAUGGGGGCUAAGAGUUUGCCAUUGUUUAUGACUACAUCAUUAAGUCAUAAACAAGGCUGGGGAAUAUCAGCUUUUACCAGUGUUGGUUUUUUUUUAAGACCUCCAAAAUCAUAUCAGGUUUUCCCAAGUAUCUAAAUUUUUGCUCCUAUACCUUUUGACCACAAUUUACUGUAAAUGCAGAUCAGAAAACCCAAACGACGAACUGGUGACGCAGCUUUGCUCCCACGUAACUCAUGUGCACACAAACCACAGUCUCUGUGCAGCUUACUUUCCGUUUCUCUUCAGGAAGCUCUUGUUUGUUUAGUCGUCUCUUUUAUGCAAAUGAGAUGCAUGAACUCGGCUGUAUCGUUGGCAAGCAUCACUGCUUUCCAAGCCCUCGGAAAAAAAGUGUGUAACUCUAAAUGUCACCUGUCUAUAUCUCCCAUGAGGGGCCAUACUCCCUCAGAAGAACACACUUAGCUAUAGAUCAGAGACUGAUGAGAAGUUAAGACAAGCGUUUUAUUGUCUGCUGAAAUGACACCAGGUUCAAACCACCCACCUUCAGUCUCGAGGAAAGCGUUUGAAAGGAAUUUGUGUUCUCUGUGUGGGAAACGCAGAUGUGAAAAAAUCUUAUCAGAUUCAAGAAUAAAGGAUCAGAAAAAUCCCAAAUCACCCUCUUUUGGGGACUGCCUGCGGCUUUUCUUCAAGGACCGAGCCAGGAUGGAACCUCAGGCACCACACAAGGACUCUUACACUGAACUGACUGAGAGGAGACUGAGAGAAUUGGCAUCGAAGUGGUUCGUAGAGACUCAAGUGCCUCUCAUUGUCCACAAUGGCUUCUUUCCUUCUUGGUUCCUGGGUUUCAUCACUAGAGAAGAUGCUGAAGAAAUACUUAGAGAAAAGAAGCUGGGCUAUUUCCUGGUGCGUCUCAGUGCCAAAGCCAUCGGGUACAUACUGUCAUAUAAAGGCAGGGAUCGAUGUCGACACUUUGUGAUCAACCAAACAGAAAAUGGGCAGUUUGUCGUCUGUGGAGACGACGAGCUACACGACACGGUGCCCGAUCUAAUAGAAUACUACAAGACAAACCCAAUUGAGCCAUUCAGAGAAUAUCUGACAUCGUCAUGCUUUGAGGUAAUGACUGAAGAGCUGUAUGACACCAUCCACAUCAGCCCUAAAGAAAAAACUGUGGAAACACAACGUGCGUCACCUCAAACACAGCCACCAAGGAGCGACAUGGAAGAGGAAGUGCCACCAUUGCCUCAGAGAAGCAGACACCUUGACGUUGGCUCCCCACAUGACCAGGACAGGCUUUUAUAUGCUCAGCUCAACAAGCAAUCACCCAGAGAGUCUCCAAGAACCCAAAACUGUCAACGCCAUUUACCUGAAGACAAUGUGGAGAGGGCUGACAGAUCCACUGCAAGGGACCACAGUGUCAGUCGUUGUAGUACUCCAUCCAGACCGGACGUGAGCUCCGAUGUGGAGCACCACUACAGGCUGAAUGUGCCCCCCCAAACUCCACCGAGACUUUCCCCCAAGCCCAUCAGACAACCCACGAGCAGCAACCCGUGGUCGCAGAAGACAGCACCCAGCAGUCUGAACUACAUGGGUGACAGCGCUGUCUAUUACCUGGCUGGCAGCCCACACACUGCACUGUCUGAGAGUAGCUCGCUGCCGUUAGAGCAGCAAAGUGAUUUAGUGUACGACGAGGUCCCCAGUGAAGGCAUCUUCUCUCAAGAAGACAUAUACGAGAUGAUUCCUGGCAGUGAAAGUUCAGUUCAUCCCAAACUCAUCAGCAACACGUAUGAGCCUUUGGAGGACGUCAGACCCAAGGUGGUAAAGAAUGAUAAAUGGAAAUGGCUUUUCCCUGACGCCAAGAGGAAAUGGUGAAGAGGUUGAACUGCCUGAGGGAAGCAAUUACUAAUUCUACUUUGACACUACUGGGCUUCCAGGAUGCACUCAGUGAAAUAGAUAUUUAAAUAUCAUCUUCUGUAUUUUUGCUUGUUAAAUCUAUUUAUUUAAAAAGGAUGAGGCAUUUACUUUUUACAGACGUAAACCAAGGCACUAAAACGUAAUGUAUAAUCUUUACUGACAUUUUGCAAAACAUUUCAUGACAUUAAAUAACGAUUCCCAGAGACUGGAUCAGGCGUGAGGUUUUUUAAAUAUUAAAUAUGAAAUAUUUAUAUUGAAUUACAAUUGCA